CUAAACUGUAUGACGGAUGGGUAAAUUACUGUAAAACAUCUGCAUGACCAGAAUACGCAGAGCUCCGCUAGCAUGUACGCCAAACUGACUCUUGUUUUAGUUUGUCUUCUCGCCAGAGCUUCCCACCAAAAGGAAUUCUUACCUAAGUUGCCAGCUCUGGACAACGCACAUCUUGACUACUUGGGAAAAGCACCGGAUGAUCUGCAAUAUGCAUUUAUCAUUUUUAGACACGGAAUAAGAAGUCCGUUCAGUGCCGACAUUUAUCCUUCAGAAGAUGAAUACGCACAUCAAUGGCCGGAUGGAAAACAACAGCUAACUCAGCUCGGCAAAAAGCUGAUGGAACGGGUUGGACGCAGUCUGAAGACCAGGUACAAACGUCUGAUCCCGGAGUUCCACAAGGACUACGUUGAAGUAACUGCUACCAAAAGUCCCAGGGCAAAGCAGUCUGCCGUGCGAGUGGUAGAAGGGAUGUACCCGACGCCAGAUAACGUAAAGGAUAUAACGAAAACCUGGGUUAAGGAGGAAGAAAUGAAAGUGUUUGAAGCUGACAAUUACGAGAUUUUUGACGACGUCGAGGGCCACAAAAGCUGCAGACGUUACACUCUCAUCAAAAAUGAAAUAAUAAAAGAAGAGAUGAAGAAACUGUCGUACGGCAAAUCACGUCUUAUCAAGGCCCUCAACAAACUGAUGUCGUUGAAUAAAGUACCUGCCACACCUAUCAAAACACUGGAUGAGUUUUUCAACGUGUGGGACGCUUAUGAAAUGACGUAUUUCAACGGAAAGAAAGUGCCUGUUUGGGUAGCUCCAAUGCUGGAAUCUUUGACCGAUAUCGCUCAAUACAGACUGUGGAUGAGAAUGCACGGAAAAACGGACAACGGAGAUUCCAUUCUUCAGUACUAUACUGGCCCGCUGUUAAACCAGAUAGCGCUGGAGGCGGUGCAUGCUGAAGAGAAAUGCAAGCGAUUGGUGUUGGAAAGGAAAAGAGGCGAAGACCGUAAGACUGCCAACAAAUGCGCUAGUAUUCAUCUUCAUGGCUCACACGAUCUGACGGUAGGAGCGUUGAUGUGGGCGUUGGUGGAAGACACUGAAUUCAUCGCAAAACCUGGUGACACGCUGAUUAUAGAAAUCGACAGCGAAAGCAAAAUCAAGGCCUACCUCUACUCACCAUUGACCCCACUGCCGUUGAAGAAUUUCAAGCAGCUGUCAUUGAAAAAUGUUUGCAAGAAAAAGUCUUGCGGCCUGUUUAAUUUCAUUGAAGUAAUGAAGCAACGUGGGCUUAUGUAUUCGAAGGAGGCAUGGGAAGAACAGUGCAGCAAAGAAGUGUUGACCACAGACAAACUCAAGUGGAGGGAUCGCAAAUCCAACUUCGUCAUUUGGGUCCUCAAGCGAAUCUUCUUCUUGUAUUUCAUGUUUGGCUAAACAAGAUGGUUGUACGAGUACGGUACGAAAUAAAUGUGAAACAUGA